CCAGAGGGCGCCGUUCGAACAGACAGCGGCACUGCGGCUGCGCGUACGCCGGUGCGCGGUGCUCGUCGGUCCCCAAACAGGAAGAAUGGAGGACUCGUCGUCUGCGGGGAGCAGCUUCUCGUCCAGAGCCAAGAGGAAGGCGCAGGAGAGGGCUAAGAUCCUGCAACGGGAGGACCAGCGGAGGACGCUGAAGCUGGUGUCGCGGAUCCUGAAGACGUCGGAGUGGGAGCGGACGGCCGAGGAUGUGGCAGAGUUGGAGAGGCACAGCGAGACUGUGCGGGAGCUGUGCAGGAGGCAGAUGCGGCGGAACAUCCUGAAGAGGAAGCAGGAGGAGGUAUUUGACGGCAUGGACGACCUGCAGCGGAAAGUGGCACAGCUGGCGGUGGCGGUCCGCGGCGCCAGGAACCUCAUCGUGUACACAGGAGCGGGCAUUAGCACGGCGGCCUCAAUCCCCGACUACCGAGGCCCAAACGGCGUGUGGACUCAGCUGCAGAAAGGCCAAUCAGUGAGCACGUCGGACCUGAGCGAGGCAGAGCCCACACUGACACACAUGGCCAUCCGGAUGCUGCACGAGGAGAAGCUGGUGCAGCAUGUGGUGUCUCAAAACUGCGACGGGCUGCACCUGCGCAGCGGACUGCCGAGACGCGUCCUGUCUGAGCUCCACGGCAACAUGUUCAUCGAGGUGUGCACCUCCUGCUCCCCGGCGCGGGAGUGGGUCCGGCUGUUCGACGUGACGGAGCGGACCGCUCUGCACCGGCACGGCACGGCCAGGCUCUGCGGGCACUGCGGAGGGGAGCUGUGUGACACCAUCGUGCAUUUCGGGGAGCGCGGCACCCUGGAGCAGCCGCUGAACUGGGAGGGGGCCGUCAGGGCCGCCAGCGCUGCCGACGUCAUCCUCUGCCUGGGCUCCAGCCUCAAGGUGCUCAGGAAAUACUCCUGCCUGUGGUGCAUGAACAGGCCAGCCAACAGGAGGCCGAAGCUUUACAUAGUCAACCUGCAGUGGACACCAAAGGAUGACCUGGCAACCCUUAAAAUCCAUGGGAAGUGUGACGAUGUCAUGCGUCUUCUGAUGGAGGAGUUGGACAUCCAGGUUCCUUCCUACGUCAAAGCAGAAGACCCCAUUUUCAGCUUGGCCACACCGCUGAGACCUGGAGAAGAAAACAGCCACACUCGUAAAGUGAUAUCGCCAUCUACAGGGCUGGAGGAGAGAAUGACAGGCACCGAGGGGCCAUGUCCGGAAGCCCCCAUCCAGGGUGGAUGGUUCGGACGAGGUUAUUCCAAGGGAAGGAAGAAGAAGAAAACAACAGCCUGAAUGAGCCAGGCGUGGCAGAUUUUACCAGAAAGUAUUUAUUGAGGAUCCAGUCUCAGUUUCAUGUGGUGCUAAUUAACUGUCUGAAAGGACCUUUGGUUUGGUAGAUGGGUAACGUUACUAUUUAUUGAAUUUAACCUGUUUGCACCUUACUCUGUCCUCAGGUAUUUAGUCAGAGCAAUAAGCAACUUCACUGGGUCGAUAUUUCUAUUCACAAAGUCAACAGUGAAAAGAAAGUGUUAAAAACAUGCGAUAUGGCUGGUAGUUUAAAUGUUUACAUAUCUCCAGAAGUUGGUGCAAAUUAGCAGGGUGUAUAUAUAAUGUUUUACUGGGUUCUCUGUGUUUGCUUGAACAAUAUAAAAAGUGUUUUUUUUUUUUAAGCUGCUGACCUAUUUUGGCCUUAUUCAGAAACACGGUGAUGGAGUGUAAAUGUCUAGUAGGGUGGUUCUGGAGGUUUGCUGUAAGACGGUGUUUCCCCAGCCAGUCCGCGGGGAUCCCCAGCCAGUCCGCACCUGUGCUCCCUCCCAUCCCUGUACCAGGGAUUCUCAGCUCCUGAUUGUUUGGUUCAGGUGCCCUCAGAGCUGUGAGGAAGUAUCUGGGGAUCCCCAAGGAUCGGGUUCAGAACCACUGGUGUAAAAGGUCCAGACUUGUGACCCAAGCAUGUGGGUCCGGAGAUUUCCCAUCUGCUGUUAUACCUCAGAGUGUGGCAUUAGGCCUGUGCUACUCUGCAGCCAUGUAAAUAACGGUAUAACGGCAUGAUGUAUGUUAAUGUUUGCGGGUUAGGGUGUUUAAGGGUAUUUAAGCAUCUGAUGAAUGUCGUACAGUGAUUUCAGGGUGAUGCAUUGUUAAACUCUUCAGUGUUCCUGUCCGUCUCCUGGCAAAAUCGCGGACCGGUCCGGAUCGCGCAUACUUGCGAAUGUUCCUCCGUACUCUCAGGGGAUCCGGGACUGUGAUGCCGGGGUUUGGCGUUUGCGAGGUCGCCCCCUGCCUGCACAGUCUCUGUCGCUAAUGUUUCGGCUAAUCUCGCUUACGCGGCUGCUCUUGGCAUUUUGUAGACCCCAUCCUGUUUGAAUGGGUAUUCAUAAUUUGGAUUAUUUGUAUAGUCCGCAGGCACUGUGACCGGUGGAUGGACAAGGACCCAGGUCUAACCUCUUAAGGUUUUUAUGUGCUGAUUGUAAUAAAAGUCUUUGUUUUACUUUG